CAAUGGCAGAGGGAAGCAGAGGAACGCUAUUACGUGUUUGUGUCGCUGCCACCGCUGUAUCGCUCAAACUUCAGAAAGCUUGAACGUGUCUGCAAUAUCUAAAAUGGUUACAGUUUGACUGUAAAUCAACCGAUAACUUCAACUGGAUUACUAGCAUGGACUAAAUCGAAGUCAUGGUCGUCAAUUCAGUGCAUUGGUUUCGAAAAGGACUGCGUCUUCACGAUAAUCCGGCUUUACAGGAAGCCCUAAAUGGCGCGGAUACUGUACGCUGUGUUUAUAUUUUGGACCCAUGGUUUGCUGGUUCGGCGAAUGUGGGAGUUAACAGAUGGAGGUUUUUACUGGAAACUCUCGAGGACUUGGACACCAGUCUGAGGAAACUGAAUUCAAGGCUUUUUGUGGUUCGAGGCCAACCAACCGAUGUAUUUCCGCGGCUUUUCAAGGAAUGGAACAUCACCCGUCUGACCUUUGAGUAUGACUCUGAGCCGUACGGGAAGGAGCGGGAUGGAGCCAUCAUUAAAAUGGCGCAGGAGUUCGGGGUAGAGACGGUGGUGCAGAACUCCCACACGCUCUACAACCUGGAUAAGAUCAUCGAGAUGAACAACAACCGGCCGCCGCUGACCUUCAAGCGGUUCCAGGCCAUCGUGAGCCGGCUGGAGCUGCCCAGGAAGCCGCUGCCCACCAUCACGCCCGAACAGAUGGACAGCUGCCGCAUCAAGAUCGCAGACAACCACGAUGAGCACUACAGCGUGCCCUCUCUAGAGGAGCUAGGGUUCAGGAAUGUAAGCCCGCCUGAAGCUGUCUGGAGAGGUGGUGAGACCGAAGCCUUGGAGAGACUUAACAAGCAUUUAGACCGAAAGGGAUGGGUGUCCAACUUCGAGCGGCCGCGAAUAAACAUGUUGUCCCUGCUGGCCAGCCCCACAGGGCUCAGUCCCUACCUACGCUUCGGCUGCCUGUCCUGUCGAGUGCUCUACUACAACCUACGGGAUCUCUACAUGACGCUCCGUAAGCGCUGCAGUCCUCCGCUUUCGCUCUUCAGCCAGCUGCUGUGGCGGGAGUUCUUCUACACCGCGGCCACCAAUAACCCCAACUUUGACCGCAUGGAGGGCAACCCCAUCUGCGUGCAGAUCCCCUGGGACAAUAACCCAGAGGCGCUGGCCAAGUGGGCCGAGGGCCGGACGGGCUUCCCCUGGAUCGACGCCAUCAUGACCCAGCUGCGGCAGGAGGGCUGGAUCCACCACCUGGCCCGGCACGCCGUGGCCUGCUUCCUCACCAGAGGAGACCUGUGGAUCAGCUGGGAGAGUGGGAUGAAGGUGUUUGAGGAGCUGCUGCUGGACGCUGACCAUAGUGUGAACGCCGGCAGCUGGAUGUGGCUCUCCUGCAGUGCCUUCUUCCAGCAGUUCUUCCAUUGCUACUGCCCCGUGGGCUUCGGCAGGAGAACUGAUCCCAGUGGAGACUUUAUCAGGCGCUAUAUCCCAAAGUUGAAGGACUAUCCCAAUCGCUACAUCUACGAGCCUUGGAAUGCCCCAGAGUCCGUGCAGAAGGCGGCCAAUUGUGUAGUGGGGGUGGACUACCCCAAACCCAUGAUCAACCAUGCUGAGGGCAGCCGCCUCAACAUCGAGAGAAUGAAGCAAGUCUACCAGCAGCUCUCCCACUACCGAGGCCUGAGUCUGCUGGCCUCUGUCCCCACCAUCCAGGAGGAGGUCGAGCCGUCCUUAUCAGAUGACUCUCAGGCCAGUGGCAGCAGCACCCCUGGUGCACAGAGAACCAGCGGGGGCAUGAAGGAAGUCUCAACAGCAGCACCAGCUGUGGUCACCUCGUCAUCAACAGCCUCGCCUCCGGCCACAUCAGCGCUGACCCAGAGGAAGAGAAGAUGGCCCACAGAGCUGCAGAGCGACCAGUGCUGCUCUCAGUCCAAAGUCCAGCACACCAGCAACUCCCCCGCCAGCCAGGAGUAACUUUAGGUGGCGAACCUUAGAAGAAGCAGGAGUUGUAAGAACAGCAGGAGUGUGCUGUGAUGCAGGAGCCCGGUGAGGAGCGAGGAGCGGAGAGCGGAUCUUGUCGUCCUGUGGAGAUGGCCGCUGAUGUCUGAUGGACCACACUACCCUCCGAAGAGACACUAAGGAGAUGGACCUGGACAUGCCACUCCACACUGCUUGCAUUGCAUUGCAGAAGAAAGAUCAUCAGCAGCAGCAGCAGAAUAAACAGCACCUGAAGAUAACACAUCAACUGUACCAUUGCUAGUCUUCUCCAGACUGUAUGAUGACUCCUGGAGUCUGAGAAGCUGGAGCCUCAUCAUCUCCUCUUCUCUCAAGCGUUACCCAGAACUGCUCUUGUCCUGUAGGCUGACCCAGUCUCAAGCAUUACACAGAACUGCUCUUGUCCUGUAGGCUGACCCAGUCUCAAGCAUUACACAGAACUGCUCUUGUCCUGUAGGCUGACCCAGUCUCAAGCAUUACACAGAACUGCUCUUGUCCUGUAGGCUGACCCAGUCUCAAGCAUUACACAGAACUGCUCUUGUCCUGUAGGCUGACCCAGUCUCAAGCAUUACACAGAACUGCUCUUGUCCUGUAGGCUGACCCAGUUUGGGAAUAUAUGUCUGAUGUGUGAGGUUUUAUUUGUUUGGUUCUAGCUCUGUCAGAACCCCCUUGGGGCUAUUGCUGUCUCGCCUGCAGAUCCCAGUGCAGUCAUCAUGCUGAAAACAACCACAGCCAGUUAGCAUGAGGCAAAGGGCUUCAGAUCCCAGUGCAGUCAUCAUGCUGAAAACAACCACAGCCAGUUAGCAUGAGGCAAAGGGCUUCAGAUCCCAGUGCAGUCAUCAUGCUGAAAACAACCACAGCCAGUUAGCAUGAGGCAAAGGGCUUCAGAUCCCAGUGCAGUCAUCAUGCUGAAAACAACCACAGCCAGUUAGCAUGAGGCAAAGGGCUUCAGAUCCCAGUGCAGUCAUCAUGCUGAAAACAACCACAGCCAGUUAGCAUGAGGCAAAGGGCUUCAGAUCCCAGUGCAGUCAUCAUGCUGAAAACAACCACAGCCAGUUAGCAUGAGGUAAAGGGCUUCAGAUCCCAGUGCAGUCAUCAUGCUGAAAACAACCACAGCCAGUUAGCAUGAGGCAAAGGGCUUCAGAUCCCAGUGCAGUCAUCAUGCUGAAAACAACCACAGCCAGUUAGCAUGAGGCAAAGGGCUUCAGAUCCCAGUGCAGUCAUCAUGCUGAAAACAACCACAGCCAGUUAGCAUGAGGCAAAUGGCUUCAGAUCAAGCAGUCAUCAGAGCAGGUUCUCAGAGACGGAGUGACUGUUGAGUCAGAUCCUGGUAAAAGUAAAAGCUGACAAACUGCGGCAACAGUUUCAUUGUAACCAAAGAUUCUUAUAUUGGAGAGCUGAAAUACUAGAAGUGGAGUUCUGAGUUGUCUUGGGAACUGAAUGGAUUUUAGGUAGUAGAGGUGCAGGUUCCAAAGUUUGGAAAAGACAACCGCAUUUGGGUACUGGCUCCUGAGGGGAUGGGUGGGUGUUUCAGUACAUGUUUGGAGACAACCAUGGGGGAAUUUGGCCUACAUGUGAAAAAUGAGUGUGCCAUUGCACUUCGAAUUUUAAAAUGAAUGUUUUUUGAAAGUUGCGGUGUUGAUUGAAACCAAAAGGGCAAUGGUGAAACGUAUUUUUUCUCAUGUUGUGGGUGGACCUCAGAAGGGUAAGCGUCUUCAUUCGCAGCUGGUGUCAAUACAGUACUGUAUUUUAAUAAUAGUUUAACCAGACAUGUUCUCAGCUGACAAAGUGCUGAAGUCACAUCUAACCUUGCAAGACUAGAACUAACAUAAUGGAAUCUUAAAGCGCUAUGAUCGUGUAGGCCAGUUAGGCUUCACAUUAGGCUAUAAGCUAAAUACCUCCAUUCUAUUGUGAGGAAGGCUUGCCAUAAUAAGAAAAACUAUAGCUAGCAUGUGGUCAGUCCGCUAGGCUGUAAUUAGAGCUGAUAAGGUGCAGAGUUCAGUGCAGUAGGUUAGCUGAACCCAAAUGCAAAAUACACUAAUGCCACAGCAGUCAUUAGCAGCCGCCAUUAGCAGCCGCCAUCCACUUUAAUGGUGUUUUAUUGAUUCAUUCAAAGCUGGUCUAAAGGUAAGGCAUACUUUUACCCAAAUGUUUGCCAUCAGUUUGAUCAAAUAGUCACAGCCUCAUUUUACCAGCAUCUGGUCCAGUAGCCACUCCCGCUCAGAAGAUUCCAGCACACCUCUGAUAUCUUGGACCUGUCCAUCAGCCACUCACCAAAACAGGGCAUGUUUAUUGAAGAUUAAGACAAAAUCAAUAAAAUAGUACAUAGCUACAGACAUACAAGCGUGUAACUUUAACUGUACAAUUCAAACUAAUGUCAGUUCAACUAUAACACUUUCAAUGUUGCAUAUGUAGUUUCUUUGCUCCAUCUAUACUAUACUAUAGAUUCUAUACGUUUGAGGUGUAUCGGAUCUCUUUCAGAUUACAGGUGCAUGCGUUGCGCCAAAGCUCCUUCAGAGAAUGACUCAAUCAUCGCCUUCCUUGCCCAGCAUUGUGCCAGUGGCAGGUUUGGUGUGCAGUCAAGUCGGAAUGAAGAGCUUCCAUGCCCGCAUAUGCCCAUCUCUGUGUUAAUAGUGCAUUAUCUAGCCUUUGUGCUCAUGGAUCCCCUUCAAACUGCCUCAUCGCUAGCAUAGCGCCUUCAGAUAAUCACAAGAUGCAUUACAACAGUUUGAUGAAGUAGACCCAAAUCUCAUACUGCCCAUUGCCAUACUCCCCCCUCCCAUCAAAUGGUCACUAAAACAUUGCACAUUCCAUGCAGAUGUGUACAUUCACAGUCAUUUGUUUUUCUUUUAAGCUUUGUGGAAUAGUUUUGUUUAUUUUUGUAUUGUACAAAAGAGUUUAUUUUCAUUAAAGCGCUGAUGGAAUUGUGA